CCCACCCCACCAACCGGGCAGCCACGGAGUAGCCGGUGUACACAGCUAGCUACAACGGGCACGAUGCCGCUCCUCGCCAGCCUCAAAACAGGCGCGCCCUACCACCUCCUCAGCUACGGCACCCUCCUCGGAAGCACGCUCUUCCAAUCCUUCAUCGCCGGGCCGCUAGCCUUCCGCGCCCUCCCGCGCCCCCAAUUCGCAACGCUGCAAUCGAGCGUCUUCCCCGUGUACUUCAUCCUGCAGACGUCGCUGUCCUUCAUCCUGGCCCUGACGUUCCCCGCGCCCCGCUCGCCACUGACCGCGUCCACCAUUCCCGUUGGCGCCUUGCCCCACCAGCACCUCGCUUCCACUAGCACUGGCGGCUUUUCCGGCCUCCUCCAGCCCACCAACCGCGCAGCCCUCGUCCAGUUAGGUCUUAUCUUCAUCACGUCGCUCGCCAACCUGACGCUCGUGGGCCCCGCGACGACGCGCACGAUGCGCGAGCGCAAGCACCAGGAGACGCGCGACGGCGUGCGCGCCUACGAUGCUGGGCCCCAGAGCCCCGAGAUGGUGCGUUUGAAUCGCCGCUUUGGCAUCUUGCAUGGCGUGUCCUCGCUGGCGAAUUUGGUGGGCUUUUUGGCGGUGGUGGGAUAUGGUGUUGGGUUGAGUGAGCGGUUGUAAGCGGGGGUGGGGUGGUUGGUGGAGGGGGUGUUUGUUUGUUUGUUGGUGUGGGGUGGGGAAGGGAGAAGGAGAUGAUGGUGGGGGGGAAUGGGAGAACGAGCAAGGCGUUUAGCAUGCAUGCUUGUCUACUGUAGCCAUCUAGCCAGUAGCCACCCACAAACACUCCAACCACAACCAAACCAC